AGUGCCGGGCAGGCUGGCAGAAGAUGGCGGUGCGGAAGAAGGACGGCGGCCCGAACGUGAAAUAUUACGAGUCCUCUGACACCAUUUCUCAGUUCGACAACGUGCGGCUAUGGCUGGGGAAAAACUACAAGAAGUACAUCCAGGCAGAGCCCCCCACCAAUAAGUCUCUGUCCAGCCUGGUGGUCCAGCUCCUGCAGUUCCAGGAAGAAGUGUUUGGAAAGCAUGUCAGCAAUGCUCCUCUUACCAAAUUGCCGAUGAAAUGCUUCCUGGAUUUCAAAGUGGGUGGAGCUCUUUGUCAUAUCCUCGCUGCUGCUUAUAAAUUUAAGAGUGACCAAGGAUGGCGUAGGUUUGAUUUCCAGAACCCUUCACGCAUGGAUCGUAACGUAGAAAUGUUCAUGAACAUUGAGAAGUCUCUUGUGCAGAACAACUGUCUUUCCCGACCAAAUAUAUACCUUCAUCCAGACAUAGACUCGAAACUGCAGAGCAAGCUGAAAGACAUUGUGAAAAGACACCAGGGCACAGUAACUGAGGACAAAAGUCAUGCAUCCCAUGUCGUGGUUCCAGUUCCUGGCUCCUUGGAGGAAGAGGAAUGGGUGAGACCCAUACUGAAGAGAGACAAGCAGGUUCUUCUUCACUGGGGUUAUUAUCCAGAUAGUUAUGACACUUGGAUUCCAUCUAGUGAGGUAGAAGCUCCAGUUGAGGAUGCACCUACCCCAGAAAAGCCCCGCAAGGUCCAUGCCAAGUGGAUUCUUGACACUGAUCUCUUUAAUGAGUGGAUGAAUGAAGAAGAUUAUGAGGUGAUUGAUGAGAGGAGUACAGUGACACGCCGCAAGAAGAUCUCUGCCAAGACCUUGACUGAUGAAGUGAGAUCAUUGCUCCAAACUGAUCUAGUAGAGGUAAGCAGUCCUGACUCAGAUCGCAGGGACAAGAAAGGACCUAAUAAUAAAAAGAGGAAACGUUCUCCUUCACCACCUCCGAGUGCAGAGGCAAAGAAGAAGAAUGUCAAGAAGGGACCAACUACUCCUUAUAACAAGUCAAAAAGGGGUCAUCGCGAUGAAGAACAGGAGGAUUUGACAAAAGAUAUGGAUGAACCUUCCCCAGUGCCUAAUGUAGAAGAAGUUACGCUGCCAAAAGCGGUUAAUACCAAGAAAGAUUCUGAGUCGGCCCCAGUGAAAGGUGGCACCGUGACUGACCUAGAUGAACAGGAAGACGAGAGUAUGGACGCUAUAACUAAGGAAGAAGAAGAGAACUCUACAGUGAUCAAAAGUGAACAAGUGAAAACCUCUGACCUUCAUGAGGAUAAUGUAACUGAACAAACACACCACAUUAUCAUCCCCAGCUAUGCUGCAUGGUUUGAUUAUAACAGCGUACAUGCCAUUGAGCGUAGAGCACUACCUGAGUUUUUCAAUGGCAAGAACAAGUCUAAAACUCCAGAGAUAUAUUUAGCAUAUCGAAACUUCAUGAUUGACACGUAUCGGCUCAACCCUCAGGAAUACCUCACUUCAACAGCGUGCCGUCGGAACCUGGCAGGGGAUGUUUGUGCCAUUAUGAGGGUUCAUGCCUUCUUGGAACAGUGGGGUCUAAUCAACUAUCAGGUUGAUGCUGAGAGUCGCCCAACACCCAUGGGACCACCACCUACUUCUCAUUUCCAUGUUUUAGCUGAUACCCCAUCAGGGCUGGUACCACUGCAAACUAAAACACCACAGACCUCUGCUUCACAACAGAUGCUGAAUUUCCCUGACAAGAAUAAAGAAAAACCAACUGACCUACAAAAUUUUGGGCUUAGAACUGAUAUGUACAGCAAGAAGAACACAACUUCCAAGAGUAAAUCUGCUGCAAGUGCCACGAGGGAGUGGACAGAACAAGAGACUCUACUACUUCUUGAGGCUCUAGAAAUGUACAAGGACGACUGGAACAAGGUGUCUGAACACGUUGGCAGCCGUACUCAAGAUGAAUGUAUUUUGCACUUCCUUCGGCUGCCCAUUGAAGAUCCUUAUUUGGAGGACUCUGAAGCAUCACUUGGUCCUCUGGCCUUUCAACCUAUACCAUUCAGCCAAUCUGGUAACCCAGUAAUGAGCACAGUAGCUUUCCUAGCCUCUGUGGUGGACCCUCGUGUGGCAUCUGCUGCUGCCAAAUCUGCUCUUGAUGAGUUCUCCAAGAUGAAGGAAGAGGUUCCUGCAGCAUUGGUGGAAGCUCAUGUUCGCAAAGUGGAAGACGCUGCCAAAAUGACGGGUAAAGCUGACCCCAGUUAUGGACUUGAGAGCAGUGGUAUUGCUGGAACAACCUUUGAAGAAAAUGAGCGGAUAGAUGGGGACACAGAAAGCAGAGGGCCUCCGUGCAUAAACAAGGAGAAUAGUACAGAAGAGCCCCCUCCUGAACCACAGCCUACAGAGGAAAAGAAAGAGCCAAAGGAUUCUCCCAGUGAAUCAGUCUCCGAGGAUGACACAAAGGAGCGCAUAAGUGAUGUUACGAAAAAAGAAGAUGAUAAGAACAAAGAUGACACAGAUAAGGACUCAGACAAGAGUGACGUUGAUAUGGCUGAUGGAGAAAAAGUUUCUGACAGCAAAGAAGGAUCAGAAGAAACCGAUAAGGAAGAGACUGAAGUAAAGAAUAAGGUAGAAAGAGACAUUGGAGAAGGCAACCUGUCCACAGCUGCUGCUGCUGCUCUGGCGGCUGCUGCUGUCAAAGCUAAGCACCUGGCAGCAGUGGAGGAGCGCAAGAUCAAGUCCCUGGUGGCUCUGCUAGUGGAGACCCAGAUGAAGAAGCUGGAAAUUAAACUGAGGCACUUUGAAGAGCUUGAAACCAUCAUGGACAGAGAGAGGGAAGCACUUGAAUACCAACGACAACAGCUUCUAGCAGACAGACAAUCAUUUCACAUGGAGCAGUUGAAAUAUGCAGAGCUGAGGGCCCGUCAGCAGCACUUCCAGCAGAUUCAAAGCCAACACCAGCAGCAACACCAGACCCCUCCUGCUGGUCAGCCUGUGCCACCGGUUGCUCACUCUAUCCCAGUGCCACAGCAGUCUGUCACACCUGGGCCUGGGAAUUCAGCAAACAGUUCAGAGGGGAUUGUUCAGCCAAAUAUACCUUCAGCGCAGCCACCAGUGAAUAGUCAGCAGCAAGGAGCAACACAGCCCAGUCCAGCACAUAGUUCUGGUGCAUACACAGUUCAACCAACUCCUAGCCCAAUGAUCCCAACAGCAGUGCCAGUUCCUUCCCAGCCACCGGUGCCCGGUAAUCAGUACCCCAGCAUGCCUCUGCCUGUUCCAUUUAAUAUGGGUAGUGACUUAGUGGACUCUCUUCAUCACAACCCUUCAACUAACCCCUACUCAAUUCACCAUUCCAUGCAUGGCACCUUCCCUCCAACAGCAUGCCGUGUUGGUGGGGCACCUCCACUUACACAUAACCCUGCCAUAACUAUGUCUCCAGCCCCUCCUAACUUGCCAUCCUCCCUGGGUUCAGCUGCAUCUCAUAGCCCUGCCAUCGUAGCCGCAAUGCAGGGAGGCUCUGCCAUCACUUCCAGUCCUGUUUCAGAUCCUGCAACAUCUCUGCCUCCAGAAUCCAUGGGAAACACAGUUGCUCCUGCCCAGCAGUAAUAUUGGGACAGUUCUUUUAUUGGGAGUAACGGACAAGUGGGAAACACUUGUGGAAAGCUUUUUUUAUUUUAUUUUUUUUCCUACCACUUUGUUCCAGUUACUCCCCCAGGCUAAGAACCACAUAUUGAGCUCUCCAGGGACAUAGUGCCCUUUUUGUGUCAUGCCCGUGAUUCAUGUUGUGUGAUGACUGACCUGGACCACAACAUUUGCUGCAGUUUAUACCUGGACAGUAAAGUGUUCUGUGAGGGAUGGACUUUACAGAAUUCAUAGGUAAAACCAACAGAUCCAGAAAAGGAGCUGAGACUGUGGUUAUCUGCAAUAAUUUGUGGGGUUAGAGGAUAUGCUCUGGACUGUGAGAGCUGAUCCAGAUAUCUGACAGGCGACACGUCUACGAGAGCCACCAGGGAGGUGGAGAAUCCCUUCUUUCAUUCUAUUCAAUAGAACCACAUUUUGCGGGGCUCCAUCCUCCCUUCUAAAGAGAGAGAGCCUAAUGAAGGAGACUCCUUUUAUUUUAUUUUUUAUUUUGUAUAACCAGAAGUGGUCGCUGUAUUGGGGACUUCCAUCCAGCACUGCCCUGGUGCAGCAGGCGACCAGGCUCUGUACCUGUUAGCAUCUUUGCUUCUGUUGUAACUGGUGUAGAGAAGGUCGCUCUUCCUCAGCGUUGAUAUCCAGUAUGAUGCUUAUUGCACUGAUUUAAAGGUCAUUUCGUCGUUUGAUGUCUGCUGAAUGCUAUGAGAAUUCUAUGUUCCUGUGGCUCCUUUGUACAAAAUGGGGAGAUGCACAGAAUUCUACAGAUGGUCUGUUCUUCGGGAGUGGGCCCAUUUGUAUCUGUGGAAGGAGAGGGUGAGCAAUUUUAUAUCCCUGUGGAAGGAUGGCCACAGGGAAUCUGUCUCACUCUAUAGUGCACUAUUUGACCUAUUAGUAAAAUAUUUUAGCUUUUAACUAUAUAAGCUUUUUUUUUUAUUUGGAAUCAUUGUAUUUUAAGUAUUUUUGGGCAGGGAUUGGGAGAUCAGAGAGGGGUUCAGAGUGCACUUUAUGGAAUGCCGGCUGGGGGAGUUGUUUCUGUUUUUUACUGCAAGGUCUAGAGAAGAAAACAUUGGGUGACUUGCUAGCACAUUGGAAGGAGAGGCCUUCUCUUUUUUAGGGUGAGUACUCUGUCAGCCUCCUUGGAGCUCUGAUAACCACCUGGUUAUGCUGAUCCCAGCCCUACCCCAUCUGUCUGUUCAUGUUACCUGUACAUUAUCCUGUGUCUGUGCAUCUUAAGGUUCCCCAGCCAUGGGGCAUUAAAGCUUAAAAUUUAUAAAAAUC